CGAAAAAACAAAACAGAGCAUAACUUAGACAAAACAAAACAAAACAAAAGACCACUUUUUAUUCGAACAAUCUUCAAAAUCUUUGUACAAGAAUCGAACUUACAUCUUAUCUUACAGUAUCCAGUGAGAUAUUUUGGUUUUUAAUAGUAUUUUUCAUAGAAGUUAAGGCGGAGUUAUUUUUUCUUUUUAUUAUGAAUAAUAACGAUGAGAUUAUGCUUGCGGAGAUGACACCAAAGAGGCGUGCGGGAAGAAGAGUGUUCAAGGAGACACGUCACCCAGUCUACAGAGGAAUAAGGCGGAGGAACGGCGACAAAUGGGUCUGCGAAGUCCGAGAGCCGAUUCACCAACGCCGCAUUUGGCUCGGGACUUAUCCCACGGCUGAGAUGGCGGCGCGUGCACACGACGUGGCGGCUUAUGCUCUGCGCGGGAGAUCCGCGUGUUUGAAUUUCGCCGACUCGGCCUGGCGGCUUCCGGUACCGGAAUCAACCGAUCCCGACGUCAUAAGACGAGUGGCGGCAGAAGCGGCGGAGAUGUUCAGGCCGACGGAGUACGAGAGUGGAAUUACGAUUUUACCCUCUUACGGGGAUGAGGUGGACUUGGGUUCUGGUUCUGGUUCGGGAUCGGAGGAGAGGAAUUUGUAUGGAUAUGUGGAACAAGAAGAAGAAGAAGUUUCGACGACGAUGAUGAGACUCGCGUCGGAGCCGUUAAUGUCGCCGCCGCGAUCGUACAUGGAAGGAAUGACUUCUAAUAACUACAUGGAAGAAGACAUGUCUUACGAAGAAGAUAUGUCAUUGUGGAGUUACAAUUAUUAA